AGGCCUGACCGCCUCCUCCUUCUGGGCGGGCGGGCUGAGGACGGGCGCGAAGAAGUGGAGUUGGGUGGACGGCACAUCCGUGGACCUGAAGGAGCCCCACUGGUACCUCUCGCCCGUGGGACUCCCGGAGGACGUCCCCCUCUCUCGCAAGGGCGGCAUCUCGCCGGCCAGCCGUCCUCAACCUGGGGGAGAGGCCGCCCCCCGGUCGCGCAGGAGCGGCCAAAGGACCUCGCCCCAAGACCCGCGCAGGACCCUCCUCCAGACGAAGGCGCCGUCGUCCCAAGGAUUCGCAGAGACGAAGGGCCCGGGAGUUCGUGCGUUCGGGUGACGGCGCGGCUCCUGUUGGUGCUAGUGACGUCACCGUGGUUGAUGACGUCUUCGUGGGCGAUGACGUGGCCUCAUUUGAAGAGGAAUAUUGGGAUGGUGAGGUUAAUGGAACUGAUGGCGUAGAUUAUGACAUUAUACCUGAUGAAUACCUGGAUUAUGAGGCCAGUUUGACCGAUGACGCAGACGAUGGCAUUUAUUGGACCGAUGACGUAAACUACGACAAUCACGUUACUUUGACCGAUGGCAUAGAGGAUGAUUAUGACGUCACACACCCCAACGAACCAAUCAGCACCUGGAAUGAUGGCGUCACACACUCCAACGGACCAAUCAGCACGCGGGAUGAUGGCGUCACACACCCCGACGGACCAAUCAGCGCCCGGGAUGAUGGCGUCACACACCCCAACGGACCAAUCAGCGCGCGGGACUCCCCAUCCGAAGCCCCAUCCGACAGAGACCAAAGGGGCGCGUCGGUCCUGCUCUCCGGUCCGCGGGCGUCCAGCAACCCCGUGAUGGCCCUGUCACACCAAAGGGCGGCGUGCAUGUGGGCGGACCUAGGCCACUUCCUCGCCUCCUGUUCCGUGUUGCAUAACCUUAUUGCAAUUUGCGAGUACACGCCCCAGGAAAUCUGAGACAUGCGGGCGCCAUGGUUGGUCGGGCUAGGACAAGCGCUGCGCAAUAUUGGGGGAUAAACGGCUGUUUCGGUUCACUACGAAUCAGCGUCGUCGGUAAUUAGGUAAUGAUCAAUUAGGAAACCCUAUUAUCAGAUUGCUAUAUGACCUUGGUGUGAGUAAU